GGCAGUCUCCGCAUACCAUGGGGAGAUAGACGCUACUGCCUUUGAUUGGCCUUGGCCCUCACAACUCUAAAAAGAAACAGGAUCUUGAUAAACUCUAUGAGCUGAAGUCCAAAGCACGGCAGAUUAUGAACCAGUUUGGCCCCUCAGCCCUAAUCAACCUCUCCAAUUUCUCAUCUAUAAAACCGGAACCAGCCAGCACCCCUCCACAAGGCUCCAUGGCCAAUAGCACUACUGUGGUAAAGAUACCAAGCACUCCUGGCACAGGAGGUCGACUCAGUCCUGAAAACAACCAGGUAUUAACGAAGAAGAAAUUGCAAGACUUGGUAAGAGAAGUGGAUCCCAAUGAACAGUUGGAUGAAGAUGUAGAGGAGAUGCUGCUACAGAUUGCCGACGAUUUCAUUGAGAAUGUAGUGACAGCAGCCUGCCAGCUUGCCAGGCAUCGCAAGUCCAGCACCCUAGAGGUGAAAGAUGUCCAGUUGCACCUAGAGCGCCAGUGGAACAUGUGGAUCCCAGGUUUUGGCUCAGAAGAAAUUCGACCCUACAAAAAAGCUUGCACCACAGAAGCUCACAAACAGAGAAUGGCAUUGAUCCGGAAAACAACCAAGAAAUAACAUACGGAGAGGUCGGGAAAUGGACAACAGUGCAUUUGGAAUUUGGAGAUACUUGAGCUGAGGCCUCAGCCAUCUCAUCCGUGGAGUGUUUUUUUAAAUGCUUUACAGAGAAGCAUAUAUUUUUUAUUAACAGUGCAGCAAUAUCUAUAAUGACUGAGAGGAUCUGCCAAAAGAAUAAAGCCUCCUACCCCAACUUCCAGUCCCUCUUGCCUGCCGUCUCAAAGAGGUGGAAUAUAUCUUCCAGAGAAGAUUUUUCUUUGUGAUUUAUUAUAUAAGUGAUUGAAUAUGGAACAAAGCAUUAUGGUCUUUUUGGUGAGACAGUAUUAGCAGGACAUACAGAGGUUUUUGUUUCCUCCUUUCCUCGCCCUUCCUUGUACUUUGUAAUGUCAGUGUUUAUAUGACUAUGACUUUCAUUUGCUUUUACAGAAUAAAGAAGUUAUUAAU